UUCUUCUUUUAUAAUUUUUUAUAUUUGGGGGUUUGAGUUUCCUUUAAAAACCAUCCUCAGCUUCGCCGGCACGUGCCUCGGCCGUUGUUCAACCGUCUCCUUAACGGCCAACCACCGGUCUCCGGUCACGUGGCCGCGCCUCAUUUUUGCUCCGCCAUGAGAAUUACGUCAUUUUUAGAUCUCUAAAUUCUAAAUCUGAAUCUUUGUUUAGAUUCAAGUUUUGUUUAGAUAAAUUAUCUGCUUUGCUUUUAGAGUUAUGGCGACGAGGAACCGGACGCUGUUAUUUAAUAAAUAUAGGGAUGCGUUGAAGGGUGUUAGAGCUCCGACGAGCUCGUCAGCUGCAGCGAAGGCACCGUUGAAGACGAGCUCUGGCGGAGCACCCGCGGUAGAGAUGGCUAGUACUUCGUUUCUCCAUUCAAAUCGGUCUUAUACUGCUCUAAGUUCCGAGGAUCCUGGAAACUCAAGUAAGGGUGCAGCUACCGUUGGUCUACCACCAGCUUGGGUAGAUGUCUCUGAAGAAAUAGCAUCAAAUGUGCAACGUGCAAGGGUUAAAAUGAACGAGUUAGCCAAGGCUCAUGCAAAGGCUUUAAUGCCUUCGUUUGGUGAUGGUAAAGAAGAUCAACAAAAUAUUGAGGCUCUUACUACUGAGAUAACUAAUCUGUUGAAGAAAUCAGAGAAAAAAUUAUUACAGAAGCUCUCUGCAGCUGGACCUUCUGAGGAUUCAAAUGUCAGGAAAAAUGUUCAGCGUCAACUUGCCACUGACCUUCAGAACCUUUCCAUGGAGCUCCGGAAGAAACAAUCAACUUAUUUGAAGUGCCUCAGGCAGCAAAUGGAGGACGCAGCUGAUCUAGAGAUGAAUCUAAAUGGAAAUAGACCUAAAGAAGAAGAUGAUGACUUGGAUGAUAUGAUAUUUAGUGAGCAUCAGAUGGCAAGGCUAAAACAAAGUGAGGUAUAUACAGUUGAGAGGGAAAGGGAGAUCCAACAGAUUGUGGAGUCGGUAAAUGAGCUUGCUCAGAUUAUGAAGGAUCUGUCAGUUCUUGUGAUUGAUCAGGGCACUAUUGUCGAUCGAAUAGACUACAACAUUCAGAAUGUUGCAACUACGGUUGAAGAAGGCCUCAAACAGCUACAGAAGGCGGAGAGAACACAGAAACAAGGAGGAAUGGUGAUGUGUGCUACAGUGCUUGUUAUUAUGUGCUUUGUCAUGCUAGUCCUCUUAAUCCUCAAGGAGAUAAUCUUUUGAUAUGCAAGCGUGGCUUUUCAUGACCAUUUUUGUUUUGACCCGUGGUGUGAGCUGAUUACUUGACAUGUCCAGAGUCAACAAUUACCAUGGCCGGCAUACGAAUGUCGGAAAUUUGAAUUUCUCCAUACACAUCCCACUUUAAAAAGUUGAAGUUACCGAUUUUCUUUUCUCUUUAUAUAUAUAUUUAAAGGUUUUGGAGAAAAAGGAGGGGGAAGUGAGGGAAAGGAGGUUGUUUGACUAGAGUUUCAAGUAUAGGGAAAAGAUACUCCAAAAUAUGUAUAGAGAGCUUAUGAUGAAUUUUUUUCCUUAAAGCUAAGAGCUGCAUUCUUUUGAUUGGAGGAAGAAAAUGAAUUGUUUGAGGGUCCAUGGGAGUUUUAUAGUUGGUUGCCAUAUGCGGAGUUGAUUCACUUGUAUUUGACAAAGAAGAUGAUAUAAAAAUCCAUUUUUUGUUAUAACUUAUAA